UGUAGUGCCAGAAGAAGAAGAGGAAGAAGAAGAAGACAGGAGAGUUUGUAGUGUAGUUCGGCUCAUGUCUGGAGACAGCACAGUAAAACGCUUCAGUAACAGUUUAAUCAGGUUAUAUCCUAUGCAGCAGUCUUGUAAAAGCGGCUGGCACAUAGAUACAACACUGCAGGUUUGAUAGUUAAACCACCGCCGCAGGCUAGCGAGCUACACGCUGGUCCAAGUGUCCGCCACCCGGUGAGGAGCCGCAGCAUGUCGGUCCACUUCGAGGAGAGGAGCGGCGUGGUCCCCUGCAAGACGCCCUGGGGCUCCUGGUACCAGACCAUGGAGGAGGUCUUCAUCGAGGUGGAGGUGCCUCACGGGACGUCCGGCAAAGAGAUCAAAUGCAACUUGGGCUCCAAACACAUCGAACUGUACGUCAAAGGAAAGGAGGUGAUCAAGGGUAAAUUAUUUGGCACAACUGUUUCUGACGAGGGCACAUGGACACUGGAGGAUAAGAGUUUAAUUCGCAUCAUCCUGAUGAAGACCAACAGAGAGGCGGGGAACUGCUGGGCGUCGCUUCUGGAGGGGGAGUACGCUGCAGAUGCCUGGGUCCAGGACCAGAUGCAGAGGAAGCUGACACUGGAGCGGUUCCAGCGGGAGAACCCUGGAUUUGACUUCAGCGGUGCGGAGAUCUCGGGGAACUUUGCUGGCGGUGGUCCAGACUUUUCCAGUUUACAGAAGUGACUGUUGCAGUGAUGUCUAAAACCUGCUACAUGCUGGAGAUGUUACCCCGACUCUCCGACUUUACCCGGGAACAUUCAUGGAAUACAGGUGAAGUGGAAUUACUGGACUUCCUGCGAGGACAAGCGGGACAGAUUUGCCUUUCUGCAAACUGGGGAUACGGGCCAUCUAAGAGGCUUUGUUUUCAAAGUAGGAGCCAUAAUUUUUAACAGUGCAACCUCACAGCCUGCCUUCUCAUCUAGCAUUUUUAAGCUGGUUGUCAACCGAUUUCUUUUUUUUUAAAUCCAGUUUUGGAAGCCAGCAUCGUUGAUGACAGAAGUUGAUAUGAAACUUGUCUUGCAUUUACAAUAAGCCUUUGACAUGUGUUGUGGUUUAAUAAUGUAAACAAUGCACUGGCAGCAACUUUUCAAUAAAGUUUUAUUGAAAGGUCCAAGAACAUAGGUUAACCAGACGGUGUAUUCAGUUAGCCAUUUUAAAUUUUGAGAACUCACAUUUCUAUUACCAAAAGAAACUGCUUCUAAGUCAACAGACAGUGAAAUUGGCAAA